CCGAAAAUGGCUUCCCCUUGCCGUCGCUUUCAACAACCGGUGGACGGCGGGAAUCUUUGGACGAGCUCACAGCGAAGAUUCGUGAAGAUUGCUCUAAUGUUGAUGAUAAAAUUAUUGACCUCACCUGCUUUGCUGAUCAAAACCACACGUGCAGCAUUUGUUUCAAGGACUUGACUGAUGAAGAG